AUUCCAUCCAGGUGGAACACGAGCAUGAAGCCAUUUGUUUCUUAGAUCGCAAAAGUGAGAACCUACCACAUCUGCAGUAGUUCACUUCAUUCAUCUUGACCUUGUUCAAUUUCUCUCACCUUCAUAACCUUCACCUCCGUUCCCAUUUUUUCCUCUGUUAGAAUACGAGAGAAGCUCUCUGCUCCCGAUUCACAGUUUAUUUGUGAGAAAAAGGUAUAUCAUGCGUGUUCAUCAGAUGCUAUGUUUCCGUGUGAUGUUCUUGCUCCUCUCCUUGCCGUUGGCCGCGUUUUCCCUGGAGGAGGCCGUGGUGGAUAAAGCGGCCGACAUUUUUAGUCCCGUGGGAGCGCCCCAGAUCUCCAAGGGGAAGGUGUAUGGCCGCAAAGCCGGCUCGUCUACGGAGGGUAUUUAUUAUUUUUUGACUCGCAGACUUCCUCUUCCACAACUUCGACUCCAAAACUUUUCGCGCGCCUCAGCUCACUCAAUUUGACACAAUGAAUGUGAUUGCUCAUGCAACGACGAACGUAUUCUGAAUCUGAUUUGGAAAACGACUCUGAAGUCAUUCGCUCGUCAAUUGAAAAGUCAACACGCAACAACACAGGCGCCAGUCCGUCGGACCUCCGACCGACCCAGCGCGUUUACCCCGAUGACGCGCAACAAAUCCGCGCUGAAAGAAGUGCCGAAGCACCGAGUGCGCCAACUGCGGCAAGCGCGCGACAUUGCGAAAGCGGCGGAGAAACACGCGAACACGAUGACCGCGGAUCUCGUCUUCGAGUACGGCGCCAACGCUGUGCAGUUCGGUCUGUUGGACGCCGACGAGAGCGGGCACCUGGAGGGUGCGGAAAUGGAGGCUUGCCCGCCGUCGGCUGAUCUCAAUCAGGACAAGAGGCUGGACCUCGGCGAGCAUGAUCAGUACUGCUCCGGUGCUCUUUCGGAGGGAAGCGGUGUUGCGUCCUCUUUUAUUCUGUCCGAGGCCCCGGUGGUGAAACCGUCGAAAAAGACAUUUGCGGGGUAUGGGGUGCAGAAAGGCCGGGUGGUAGUGGUGUGGCAGUUGGGCGAUAGCACAAACCCCACAUAUGUGCAUGACCGUAAGAUUGCGAACAUUCUGUUGUUUUUACAUCGUGACUCUACCAUUCUUUUUGGCAUCGUAUUUUAAAUCUAGAUGAGUUGAAAGAAAGCAAUCCUCAGUCAAUAUCAUUCAGCCGAGAAGAACGAAUACAAGCGGUACCUCGGAACGGAUUUGUUUGAAACAGAGGAGGAAGCGAAAAAUUUUUCUUUAGCGACCCGCGCCGAUGCGUCAAUGGUAUUUACGUGCACCCGAUUUCUGUUAUUAGGGCUGUUUUGAUAUAUAUCAUCUCGACUGAAGCUAUCGGUAUUCGUAUAGAGCUAAAGGAUUCGGACCAUCGUACAUUUCUCGUAGUGGCGUAGAAAUACUAAUACAAAUAGAGUCCUCGUACUUGUAAAAAUUAAUGCAUGCAACUACUACAUGAUGAGAACGCACACACGAUGAAGAAAGGAAGAAGACCGAUCAUGAUAGGUCUUUGAUUGCGCGCUGGCAGGCUUUUUUGUGAACCUAAUAUACGCACGGCACAAUGUUGGAGCUCAUAACUAGCAGCACCCACAUCCGUUGCCUGAGGAUCGUAACCGCAUGAAAUUUCCUAAAAUUGCCGCUCACCACACUCUUACAUAGGGAACGCCGAAAGCGGGGCAGUGCUGCAGCUUGUUUUCUGGGUGGGAGCUCCCGUCGUUUUUGCGGAGCUCGUGAACGCAGAGCGAAUGACCUAUUUGAUCGACUACUACCCAGAAAGGCAAGCACCAGGAGGCGGGUAUAUUCCUGCGGUGUGCCGCCAUGGCUCACCUCUUGCUUUAAGUGAUUCGUUGCUCGCGCUUUGUUCUUUUAUGGGAAGAUGAAAUAGGUAGUAAGAUGGAUGUGGAGUGAAUAUGUAUAACAGCCCUUCCGGGAGUGGGAGACGAGCAGCCCUCCAGCCGUGCCACAUAUUGCCAGACUUUCUGACCAUUCGCUGGGCAUCGCAACCAAAAACUACCUCCAGUCACUCAAAUUUCUCAGCACGAAGCUUCACUGAAGAACAAGAAGCUGCUGGCCACGCGAAGAUUUAUUAAAUUCCUCGUCUUCAAGUGUGGCGCUGCCGCUGGAACAGGCGAGACCCUUCUCUUCUUCCUCUUCCUUCUCCUCUUCUUCAGCGCAUCAGCCUAGUACUUCCUCCUCUUCAACAUCCAGCUCUGGUCCACCCAAAGCUACUUUCCGGCCGGGGGACGAGAAACAACGUCACGGUUGCCGUGAUCAUGGGAUGUCUACUUAAGUCUACGUCACAAAGUGAGAAGACGUCGAUACCCGGCUCAUGGUCAUGCAAGGCGUGAGGCCUCCUUUACUUCUUUAUACCCCCGCUACGGAAGCCGAGGAAAACCAGGAAAGCAAGCGGAAGGUGUGAGAGGUGAAGUGGAAUCGGAGCGAUGUGGAAAAGAAGUAGACGUAAUAGCAAACAUUAAAAACAAGCAAUAUUUGACCAAGUCAAAAACAAAAGCAUAAAAGCACGACAGGAAAGGAAAACUAUUUUACCAAAAUGCGACCAGGUCCUCUACUGUUUUUUCAAUGGUUUCAAAUAUAUUUUUCAUAAACAAAAUCAAAAGCAUUCUUUGUUUCUGUUAGUACGUAAGAUUCAAACUCAAGAAUACAGACAGGCCGCCCUUUUUUUAUGUUUUUAUGUUUUUAAGUUUUUUAGGUUUAGCUUAUUUUCCUCAAGCUUGAUUUUUCUACUACGGUUUUUUCAUGAGUAGAGAAGUCCCCCUUCUGUGGCAAGUGAAGGUGACAAACUUAGAACAGAGGCGCAGAGCCUGCUCACAUCGCCUCCCAGGAUCCUCCAUAUGCGAGCGAUUGACUGAGACAAAGGCUAGCGCAUUGUAGAGUGAUUGGCUGUCUGUUACCAUGCGCGCAGCGUUCUUUACUUUUUGUAUUGUGGGUUUAUUUUUUAUUUUUUUUGUGUUGUUGUUCUUCGUUCUAGCUCUCGAGGAACCUCGUCAGUUAUUUUUGCUGGUUCCUAUUGCCACGGCGCCGAUCAAAAUAGAGAAAGCGCCAAGUGCAAGCUUGUUGCAGUUUGAAACAAGUGUCAUCUUGGGCUGCGGAAAAGAGAGGAAGAAAGUUGUAGUGAG